AUGGAUAGCAGAGGAUACUUAAAGUCGUAUGGGUGGGUUGAAGGAGAGGCACUCAAAGUAGGGGGGUUGAAGAGACCAAUUUUGGUCAAACACAAGAGGGACAAAAAAGGACUUGGGUCAGCCCCAGGCGGAGAUGAUGGCGAUAUGUGGUGGGAAACAUUGUUUGAUGGGCACUUGAAAAAUCUGAACGUUAAUGGAUCGGGCAAUGGAGAAAUCAAGUUUGAACAAAAAGAGGUUCAAAGUAGUGUGGCUUCAAAGAUGAACUCACCAUUGUACAAAUGGUUUGUGAAGGGAGAAGGCCUCAAAGGAACCAUAAAGCAGAAAGAACCGAGUGAGGAGAAUAGUAACUCGCGAAAGAAACGCAGGCGUACAGAUGAGGAAAACGAAAGUCGAAGUAAAUUGGAAAAAAGUCAUAAAGUUAAGAAAGCUAAGAAACUUUCGAAGGAGGCAGAAAAGAGUAGUAAGAAAGAUAGAAAAAGCUCAAAGAAAAGCAAAAAGCACAAGGUAACGAAGUCGUCUACUAAGGAUGGCAAGAGUUCAAAAAAAGCUUCAAAAGCUAGUGAGAACUCCAAACAUGACAAGAAACAUAAGAAAGACAAAAAGCGCUCGAAAAAAGAUAAAGAAGAUGGUACGGAAACCAGAAAAAAAGAGCACAAGAACGGCCCAAGUGUGGAAUGCACCAAGAGUAAAGCAUAA